AUGGAUGACCCUGGGUGUUUAUUUGGAUACAGAUCUAUGUUGCAUUCUCUCAGAAUGGGGCAUGGGUUAACAGCACCCAGAGACCUUGUACAAAGGCUAAUGAAGGAAAUUGAUCCAGACGGUUGUGAAUUGCAGAAAAGAAGAAGGGUAAGACGCAGGAGUUACUGGAGCUUGGGCCCUAACCAUACCUGGCAUAUCGAUGGAUAUGACAAGUUGACAGAUUUUGUAUUCCCAAUACAUGGGUGUGUGGAUGGAUUCAGCGCAAAGUUUUGUGGUUGAAUGUUUCAAGAUCAAAUAACUAUCCAUCUGUAGUACUGCGUUUCUACUUAGAUUGUGUUGACGAAAAUGAAGGGUGUCCUCUCAUAGUACAGAGUGACUGCGGCACUGAAAAUGGCAAUAUUGCAGCAGCUCAGUGCUAUUUUCGUGUAGAUGCUACAGAUGAGUAUGCAGGCGAGAAAGCUCAUAGGUAUGGUGAAUCAAAGCGAAACCAACGUAUUAAAGCAUGGUGGUCUUGUUUUAAAAGAAGUAGAUCAUCAUGGUGGAUUAAUCUAUUUAAAGAUCUCAUGUAUAGUGGUCAAUUUGAAUAUGGAAAUGUUAUUCAUAAGGAAUGUAUGUGGUUCUGUUUUAGUGAUAUUACUUACUACCAGAAUGCCAUGACAGUGAGGAUCAGAAACAACCUGUGAAUGCCGAGAAGCUUAAUGAGGUUAGACAGCAUGUGGCUGAUCCGGUUAAUCAGGAUAAUCAGGAUGUCCAAGAGUAUCUCAACUAUGUUUGCACAUCAGAAGGAUUAGAAAAGCCCACUGAUUGA